CGAUCGCUUUCAACGACACUUGCAAGAGAUUAUGAAAGGGGCGCGUAAGGAAGAAUCGCCGCUAGCGAUUUUUAUACUGGACAUUAUAUGCUAUGCACUUCUUCUAUUGAUAACUGUAGUAUUAUUAAUUGCGUUGCUGCUAAGAUGUUGUGGCAAACGUUAUAGAAGUGAAGCCAGAUGCUGCAAUCAAGAAAAUGGCUCCUGCCUUUUCCAAUUCGCUGCUUUUUUGAUGUUCGUAUUUCUGCUACUCGUGUUGUACCCGUUUCUGUGGCACUUUGUCUAUGGUGCUGGCCGCUCUAACAGUGUUUGUACAAGAAACGCCACACGUAAAUACGAACGCGCCUUGGCAAAUAUUGAAGACACUUGCUUAGACGAAACAACAUUUAAGAAUAUCCUCGAUGAUCAUGUCGAUAGACAAAUUAAGUUUAAUAUUUCAAAUAAGAGUACUGUUGAAGAUGUGAAACCAAGUGCACCGGAAUUACAAAAGUACACAAUAAAUUUCAAGCAAAACGCGAGAACGUCAAAAUCGCUCGAUCUCAAAAACAUGUGUGAAAAUGUUAAGAAUAUAAUGGACCCGAAACACUUAACUGAGGUUUAUACAAAAAUGCUCAGAUACGCCAACGGCGAUAUGCCCGAUAAUCAAGUGAAGAUGCUGUCUCAGUGCAAUUUGGGAAGCUUUAAGAAGCACAGAAUAGACGAGUAUAAACAGAGUGUAAUCUAUAAAAGUGCCGAGCGUUUGACCAGCUAUUGCAACAGGGUCGUGGAGUUCUUUACAGAAAAUUAUGCCAAAAUUACCGGUGAAUGUCUAAAUGGCACCGAUAAUUUGAAAAACAAUUUAUCCAAACAAAGUAAACAAGAGUUGAGUGAAAUAAUGGCGGGCUUGGACAACAUGUACUCCAAAGAACUGGACGGUUAUGUAGACAUGGCAACAGAUAGGGUGGUUAAUAAAGUUACUUUGUGUCGCAAAGCUGAUCGUACGAAAAUGGACUGUGAUGCACAUACAGAUUUACAUUUGCAGAAUGUUUCGUGGAGCGCUUUUUUGAUGUUGAUAUGGCUGAUAUUGCCGCUAAUUCCCAUAGCACUUUACUUAGCCAGAUUAUUUGGCACAUUCAGGGGCAGUUACUGUUCGUGCGAGCGAAGCGGAUCAGGAGCUGUAGCCCGACGGAAUGAUAGAUGGAAUAUUGAUUCGGUAAUGGAUGAGAUGCAGCGUCAGUUACAUAAAUCUCUUUGCGAAGGUUCAGUAAGAUCGGGCCCUUCGAAUGGUCGAUGUGACUGCAAAGCAGCGCGGGCAGCUUAUAUGCAGGGGCCAAGCUGUGCACGAAGGUGCCUUGACGACGGCAGCGCUAACUUAGCUAUGCUGCAACAAGCUAACACUCUUUUGCUUAAAGCAAAAGUCUGUAGUGAAUCUACAGAGCCAGAGAAAAGAGGUAUACUUAAACCGAAACAGAUCAAAGAACCGCAAAGACCAACGACGUCUAAAGGAAUUCGCUCCAAAAGAGCACAACAAUUAGCAAAUGAUAAUAAAUUCGAAACAUCCUCUUUUAGGAAAUGCGUUUGCGACAGAAAUGCUGCAAAAAUGUCGAAAGGCCCUUUCAGUUCAAUGGCAAUCCGUCGACCCAAAAAAAGAAUGAGAAAUGUUUGUGAAACCAUUGUCGAAGACUCGACGGAUAACGGGAUGAAUGGAUUGAAUGGAUUGGAAAUAAAUGCUUCUAUUCAUAUAUUAACUUUUAAUAAAAAAAAUGACUUAAUAUACUGCUAUUUAUAUAAAUUGAAGAUAACGGUAUUUGAUAACGGAAAACCUUUCAGAACGCCACUUUCUUUAAACAAAACAUUGUUAAUUACGCGAAGGUUGCAGAGGUUUGCUCCAACUUUCGAAAUAGAACAGUGUAUAGCUGGCGACGGCUACUAUAACUCCUGUCUAUUGAAAGAAUCAGCGCCGAAACUAAUACAUACACACUGUGCAACUUAUAAGUCCUUUGCGUAA